AUGCAUUUCGCCAUGCCUCCGAGAAAGACGUCGCGACCACCGCCAUAUGCCGCCCGCAACCAGAGUGGUGGAAUUGCGAUACCGCCUGCGCUCAAGAAUCUACUACGAAGCAGGGCAGGACGAUUAAUAGUUGGCGGCGUACUGGGCUUCUUUGUCCUGAUAUGGAUGCUGAGUGGCAGUGGAGGGACUAGCAAGAGGAAUUCAAAAGUUGGGGGCUGGACAGCAGCGAACAUACCCAAGCCGACGAUAGGGAGCGGACCGCCUGUGGUGGUGGUCACGGUUAUAGACCCCAAGGCCGAUCCGGUUUGGAUGCAAAAGAUCAAGAGUAACCGGGAAGAGUACGCCAAACGACAUGGCUACCUAACUUUCUUCCCCACCAACGACCAAUAUCCCAUUAGCAACUCCCCAUCCAGCUGGUCGCGCGUGCCCGGCAUCCGCCACGCCAUGACCCUCCACCCCACCUCAACCUUCUUCUGGUACCUCGAUGCCAGCGCCCUCAUCAUGAACAACGCUCUCCCCAUCCACACCCACCUGCUCACCCCCACCAAACUCGAAACCCACAUGAUCACCAACGCACCCGUCGUACCUCCCGAUAGCGUCAUCAAAACUUUCGGUAACCUCAAGGGCGACAGAAUAGAUUUCGUCGUUACACAGGAUAAAGAUGGAUUGGCGCCGAGUAGCUUUGUUGUGAGGAACGGAGAGUGGGCCAAGUUCUUCCUGGAUGCUUGGUUCGAUCCUAUCUAUCGGAGUUAUAACUUUCAGAAGGCGGAGAGUCAUGCGUUGGAGCAUAUUGUUCAAUGGCAUGGCACUAUCCUUGCUAAACUAGCAAUGGUACCGCAAAACCUACUCAACGCUUAUGCGACCGGGCCGGCGGCUGAGAAGGACGGUCAAUAUAAAGACGGCGAUCUUGUGGCCAACUUCCCCGGCUGCGAUAAAGAUGGGAAGACUUGUGCCAAGGAACAGGAGGCAUUCUGGGCUAUACUUGAGCAGAAUAAGAACUAG